AUGGACGAGGAUGAGAUAUGGUGCCAGACGGUUGGAGAAAUCGUGCGAGCUACCAUGAAGCCCCGAGAACGAGAUCAUGAAGCAGCAAAGCUCACCGACUGGGGCCUCUUCAUCGGGGGCCUGCGAGAGGCCCAGGACCUCUCGGCCCUGCAACGCCUCGGCAUCUCCGCCGUGCUCAACGCGGCCCCCGACGUGGUGCACGUAGAGUACCCUGAGCACUGGCGGGUCCUUGUGAUUGAGGCAGAGGAUGAUGUAUUCUACCCUUUGCUCGACACGCACAUGGACGCAGUUCUGGAGUUUCUGGACACCCAGCAUGCUGACGGCCGCAAAGUGCUUGUGCACUGCUUUGCGGGGAUGAACCGCAGCGCCGCGCUGUGUGCGGCCUACCUGAUGAUCCGGGAUCGGAUGGGCCUCGCCAAGGUGGUGAGGCACAUGAGCGAGCAACGAGGGUGGAUCCUCAGCAACGAGGGCUUUGUCCACCAGUUGGUGCGCCUGGCGCGGGAGGAGGACCUCUUGGAACCACCGGAGCCGCGGCAGCGCCUGGACUCCGUGGAGGAGGAGAAUGGCGCCAAGCGGAUGCGCGCACGCACAAGCGAAGCGGCCACAUGCCAUGCCUCCAAGUUGGGCCGAUCCUUGUCGAGGCUGUCCUCAAUGUCAGAUGUGGAAGAGGAGGAUCUGAAGCGGACAAAGGCGAGGCUCGCAUGCAAGUUGGACCGGAAGUACUCGAGAUCCACUUCUGGAUUUUCAGACGUCUCCGAUGCGAGUCCCAAGAUUCCGCGGACAACCACCCAGCCUCGCAGCUGCCGCACCAUCUCGGACAAGGACAUGGGCUACGCCUCCCGACUCCCGCGGCAGGAUUCCGUGUCAGCAGACCUGAAGAAGAUCAAGCCGCUGAAGGAUUUGCGGGAGGGCAGUGCCAAACUGCAGGAUGGCACCUACCUCUACGUGAUCAUGAUUGGAGACCCGGAGUACAUCCGGCUGAUCCACGAGGAACACCUGGUGAAUGCAGGGGUUCUUGGCGGGCACACCUCGUUAGUGGAGAGAAACGAGUUCAUGCGUGGCUGGGCCCGGCAGUGGGAAAGCAACGAUCCACAAGUCCGGCACACUGUUCUUUAUGCUGGCGAGCUGAACUACAAAGAGGGAGAAGGAGUCCUGAUGUGGAACAACCAUUCGGGGCACUACACUCCUGCAGCUGAAGAUCAUGUGCGGGUUCACUUAGAUCCAUCCACUUUUGUGGCAUUUGAUGAAGACUGA